GAGUUUCUUUAUGAAGCACUCGAUAUAAAUAUUGUUUCUAUUUACACUAAAUGUAAAACUGAUAGAAGACAGAUUAUGAUCAAGUUACUGAUCCACUGUUCUGCAGCAUUCAAAACAAAUACAUUUGGUUGUAAUUCUUCCUCGUCGCCACUAGACGUCACUAGAUCAUCAACACAUAUGCUCUGAUAUAAUAAUAAUAAUAAUACAUUUCUGUUGGAUAUAUUCUCUUCGAUUAGAUGAUGACGACGUCAUAUUGAUGAACACGUCAUCAAAGUCAGCAGAAAAAGAGACUGAAACAAUCAGACAGUUAAAAAGUAACAAACUUUUUCACUUUCCUGCAGCAUUUAUAGAUGCAAUGAUUUGGUUGUAAUUCCUCCUCCUAGCCACCAGAUAUCACUAGAUCAUGAAGACAUAAUAAUUUAGGUGUUUUUAGUGGCAGCCAUUUUGAUUCCCAAGUAAAAGUUUGUCAUGAACCGACAUGUACAGGUCCUCAAACGUCUCACUUCAGUUUGAGGCCUCAGGAAGUCGUCGCUUCCUUUUCAUUGGUCCGUUGUUGUUCGUCGUCCCUCCUCCUCCUCAGGCGACAUGUCUGCAGUCCGGCGAGCAGUGAGUGAGGCCUUGUGGGCCAUGUGUGCGGCUGACUCCGCCUCCAUGCCGGUCCACUGGUACUACGAUGUCCAGGACAUCCGGAGGGACUUCGGAGGCUGGAUCACAGGACUGAAGGGUCCCGGAGACAAACACCCGUCGAGCAUCCUUAGUCUGUCCAACACCGCCGGUAGCGGUCGCAGCGCCUGGGCGUCCGGAGCCAAGCGGCCCGAUGUGGUCGGUCACAUCAUCCUCCAUCACAAACUGGACCUGUGGAAGUCGUCCAGAGGCUCGGUCCACUAUCACCAAGGUCUUCAGGCCGGUGACAACACACUGAACACCGUCUGUUCCCUCCGAGCCGCUCGCUCGCUGGUCGCCGGCGGUUUCACCGACGUGUCUCGGCCGGACGCUCGAGCCGCCGUGAUGUCGGACUACGUCCGGUUCAUGACCACGCCUGGCAGCCACAAUGACACCUACGCCGAGUCCUUCCACCGCUCGUUCUUUGCCGACUGGCAGGACAGCAGACCGACUUCGCCCCGUCAGGUAAAACAAGCGCUCCUCGUCACGCCUGGUGUCAACGCCACUCGACCUCUGGGUCACCGGGUUCUCUCUGUUCCACAGGUUCUGUUGUUUGCAGAAAAACGCUCCAAACUAAAGUUAAGUUCUUCGUUCCCCGACGGCCAACUGGACGCCAUCGGCUGCCUUCCCAUGAUCCUCCCCUUCAUCCUGCUGUCGGCCUCGGCCAAUGAGGAGCAGGCUGUCUCCGCCGCCGUGGAGUUCGUGAAGCUCACGCAUCCUCACCCCAAGGUGCCCGAGUACGUGUCCAUCUACGGCCGGGCGCUGCACGCCACGCUGGGGGGCGCCUGCGUCCGUCAGCAGGCCGAACAUGCCCUGAGGAGCCUGGACGCCUGGGACACCUGCCAGAGUUACAGCCGCAAGGCAGCCAGGUUUCCUGUGUCGUCUGAGGAACGACUGAAGGUUCAUCAGAGCGCCGUCAACUACCUCGGCCUGGCCUGCUACACCAAAGGUGCUCUGUCCAGCUUGUUCUACCUGGCCCAUGAGUUCCACGACGACGUCAGAGGAGGAAUCCUGACAAACACCAACUGUGGAGGUGAGAACUGUAACCGCGGGGCGGCGCUCGGCGCCCUGCUGGGGGCCGGGGGGGCGUACACGGGCGCCGUCGUCCCUCAGGAGUGGAAGGACGAGCUGAGAGACGCCCGGGACCUCAUCCCGGACGUCCUGAAGGAGCUGGAGUGAGAGCAGGCGCCGCCCCCGGAGGAGCGGAGGGCAACUGUCUUCCUGUUUACAAUAACAUAUCACAUUCUUCAUUAAAAUUCUUUUUGUUUUAUGUAAGUGCAUGAUCGAAACUGUGAAAUGUAAUUAUGGUUUUCUACUCUUCGAUUUUUAUUUUUGUUCCUAUGAAAAAUAAAAGAUUUUUUUUGAACUGAAA